AUGCCCACCUCACUCGACUCCUCUCGUCCCAUCAUGGCUCCCUCAGUGCGAGCCUCUGUGCGAUACAGUACAUUCAGCAUGGCACCCUCAUUCGCCAAUACCGUCCAGACCACCGACUCUGCUCACGCAGAAAUUGUCGAUAUCGCGACCGGACUCGACCGCAUGGAGAACAAGGCCCUUAGCUCCCAGAGAGUCACAUUGAGCGAGGAGAAGACUGCAAACAUGAGCAAGUUGGCCCUCGGUGCCAAGCUGGAGCGUGCGUUGGAUCGCAGAAUGAGCAGUCAGGACGCCGUCAUGCGCCCGCGCGGCAAGACUUUGACCGAGAAGACCACCGCUGCCUAA